GUUUUCAUCUGACAGUUCUGCGCUUGACUUUUGUUAUUCUAACCAAGUCUAACCAACUCUUGCAAUUGCUGUCCUCCGCUAGCUUCGGACAACUUUUAUGUAUUAAUAGCAGCAGGAAGCAUACAGCAGCAGGACAAUGACGAGGGGUGCAUCAGUACCUGACAUCGAUGAUCCGAAGUACAGGAUAACACCUAUGCAGCAAGUGCUUGCUUCCUGCACUGGAGCAAUAGCUACUUCAAUAUUUGUUACACCUUUGGAUGUGGUAAAAAUUAGAUUACAGGCGCAGAGGAAGAACGUGUCAAAAUGCUUUUUAUAUUGCAACGGAUUGAUGGAUCACCUGUGCGAUUGCUCGGAGAAUUCGAAGUGGAUUGAAAAACCGUCUCAUUUCAAUGGAACUUUGGAUGCUUUCAUGAAAAUCAGUAGAUAUGAAGGAGUUACAUCACUGUGGAGUGGACUCAGUCCGACUUUAGUACUGGCCGUACCAGCUACCAUCAUCUACUUUGUCACCUACGAACAACUACGGCUUAAACUUAAAGAUAAUUACAACAGGAAUAGACCAACGCAUUUGCCGAAGACACAACCUAUGUGGAUUCCGCUGAUGGCCGGAGGAACGGCGCGCAUCUUCUCGGUGACAAUCGUCAGCCCAUUGGAGCUGAUCAGAACGAAGAUGCAGUUCUCAAGGCAAAGCUACUUCGAAAUUGGCGAAGCGCUACAAGUUUUAAUUAAAAACAACGGCGUGUUUGGUCUUUGGAAGGGCGUCUUCGCCACCCUCCUACGCGACGUCCCGUUUUCGGCCCUGUACUGGUCCAGUUACGAAACCAUUAAGAAUUACUUUAAUCCUACGACGCCUUCAUUCGGAUUCAGCUUCUUCGCAGGCGCCGUUUCCGGAAGUAUCGCAGCGACUGUGACAGUGCCAUUUGAUGUGGUGAAAACGCACCAGCAAAUCGAGAUCGGCAACAAGGUAUUUUCAAAUCAGGCGCCGCAACACGAUUCUACGAUGUCUAUAAUUAGGAAACUGUAUACAAAUUUUGGUGUGAGCGGAUUGUUUACUGGUCUCGUGCCUCGUCUCAUAAAAGUUGCUCCAGCUUGUGCUGUAAUGAUAGCCACUUUCGAGCACAGCAAGGUGGCUUUCAACAGGUAUAAUACCAAUAAACGCUUUUCCGAUGCCGAGUCAACGGGAAAGGAUGGUCAAAAGCUAUUAGAAACGGCGUAAGAAACGGUUUUGCUUAUUAAUUUUUGUCCAUUUUAAGGAACAUUAAUAUUAAGGGAUGAACUUCUCGGCAAGCCGUGCGACGUAUCCAGUAUAUUUGUAAUAUCAGAAUUAUAAUUUAUAUAUUUUUAAAUUGUGUAUGUAUAUAGAAGAGGACCUUUUACCUGUAAUUGUAAGUUUAGUUACCAGUUUUGUUUUUUUCUUCGAAUAAACAAUAUUGUUUUAUUUUGUUAUUCUUGUUUAGAGCAAC